AAAGAUUUCAUAUAUUCAACUACAUCAACACCAUCGAAUAAACAACAUGUUAAUUCCACAUUUCGAUCACGCUUAACAGUAUGACAGACCCUCCUCACAAUGGAGUAUGUCAAGCGCGGUCCUUGCGGGCAGGACGGUUGUCGGGAGACGCGGUAUUAUCUUGAAGACGGAGUCUGGUUUUGCAGACGGGGUCACCAACAAGAGGGUCGGCAAGUCGAAGCAGAUCCUGACGAUUUUGGAAAACGGGGAACGAUUCACCGUGUAAAAAAAAUAUCAGAAGAAAGAAUUCAAAAGACAUUCACUGGUCGCCGCGGCUAUCGUCUCUUUGUACAGGCUUACCAGCUUAUCCUGUGGACGCAAUGCCAUGCCUUGAUACACGAGAAAGGGUUUCCUACUGAUCUAGAGAGAGUCGUGAGAGAUCUUUGGGCAUUGCGACUGCAAUCUCUGACAGCCAAGUUCGACGAGUCGCUUGAUGCCGACAAAGAUGCUAGCUCGGAGGUCUUCAGCUCUCAGCUGCCUGGUGCUGAAACACCGAAGGAGAAUGGGUCAGCGUCGCAUAAAUUGAGCGACAACCCGUUGUUGGAAGAAACCUUGGGACUUUGCUACUUGGCGGCUUCGUUACUGCGGCUACCUGUUAGCAUUGGCGAUAUUUACCGAUUUGCAAUGAGAAAUGAGAUACCGUUCAUCCAAGCCAUCAGAACUGUUCCUCUCGAAAUCAGAGAUAGGCUUUCACAGAUAUACAUCAGAGAAUUGACUGUCGAGACUCUUCCAAGAAGCGAUCACCUCCAUAAGACGGUCUCUCGUUUGGUGGUCAUGUAUUCUCGCGAAUGCAGUAUUACCUUUCCUCCGCUAAACGUGCCACUGAUGCUCUUCCAAUUCGUGCGGCAGUUGGCACUACCAUUGGAAGUAUAUUCAUACGUGCGAAGACUGCAAAAGCUCCUCAAUUACACCUUCCAAUUCCCCCUAGACAAAAAGUACUCUACCCAAGCACUGAGCUACCCCGAGGCGCAAAUUCUGGCAUUAAUUGUCGUUUCAACUAAGCUUCUCUUCCCCUUCAGCAAGACAAAGGGCUAUCCCAGUUCCGCUGCAGAGCCGACAGCCCAGAUCCUCGACUGGGACGUAUGGAGCUCGGCACAAAGACAUUUUGAGAAAAAGAGCCAACCAAAGGAACGACUUGCAAAGGGGCAGGAAGUUACGGUUAAUGAUGGUCACGUGUUUCACUUCACAGACCAGCAGUUAGAUGACUAUCUGGAUUGGUACGAGGAUACCUGGAUCGAUAAGAAUAGACCCACGAAUCCACUUGCAGAAAUGUUUCCGAUCUCUCGCCCUGAAUCCGCUCACGAUGAAAAAAGGCGGGAUAUAGAUCAGGAGGCGAUCGAUGAAAAAGUACGGGCUGUUACUAGCAGCCUUCGUCCAGCGGAAAUCAUUCCAUUCGAGACUCUACAAGCCAACGACGAAGAAUCUCAACAGAGAGAUCCUGACAUUCAAAACGAGGAUACCACCCCCCGUCCAGGCUUCUCAUACAGAGUCUACAAGACAGAAUCAGACAUGCCAAAAGUAGCUCGAAAGUUUCAUGAAACAGCCGCAAAUCUAUCCGGUCUGACCGUGAAAACGCUCAUAAAAGCGGUCCGAAGCACCGAACUUAAGCUUGAAAAAUGGCAGGCAAAUAUGAGACGAGCGGAAUAUCAUGGCGAAACGUGGUUUGACAAUGUAGACUUUCAAGACCAAAAAACAGAUGAAUCGGGGUCAGAUUCUGAAUAGCAACACUGUAACUAGACAUAUAUUCUCAUCCAUGAAAAAUAUCUCGA